AUGGCCACGUUUGCGACUAGAGGCUCUUGGUGGAGUAGCUAUCAGCAAAAGACGCGGGCCCUCACGCAAGCACCCGUGGUAAAUCUUGCCCAAUUCGCCGCUUCCAACUACACGAGUGAGGAUCCAGCUAAAGUGGCUCUUAUUGUCGUCGCUUACGCGAGAUGUAUCGGGAGCAAGGCUGGUAGGCGGUUGUACUCGUUGGUAGAAGGUUUGGUGAUAAAAGAAGAUGCAUAUCUGGCUUCCGUGCAGGGUAUGGAGUGCUUGGUGCUCCUUGCCAAGUCGUACACCGAUAUUGGCCAGCCUCGAAGAGCGUGGUUGACGUGGAGGCGAGGCCUUUGUAUGGCGCAGUUCCUCUCGCUAAGCAUUGACGAGGAGCUAGAAGCCAUUUCAUCCAUCCUCCCCGCCGAGUGGUGGCAUGUUCCCACCGCCCUCCCAGACUCGGAAAGCGGGAUCAUGGAACUGAGGGAGAAACUCCUUCUCCAAUUUUACUUCCAUCACGUUCGAACGUACUUACAUCUACCGUUUCUGGCGACAAACGAGGUCCCAGCUGGCCAAAGCGCUACUAGCCAAGGUAUUGCGCUCAACGCAUCUCGCAAAAUGCUGGAGCUGCUCUUGCUUCUGAGAGCCGAAGUGUCUCCUGGAGUCCCCUUGUUCGAGUGUGCCACGAGUGACUUUGUCGGGUUGACUGCUGCCGUGAUUCUUGCCCUCUGCCUCUACACAGUUGACAGUCCCGGAAAGGCUGGGCGGUACGAAGGUGACUGGCAACUAAUCUCGCAAGCUAGGGAUAUGUUUCGACGAGAAGCUAGGCGCAACGCGCAAAAUGCGGAAUGGCAACAUAUCGAUUUCGACGUGGUAUUUGAGUACGCCGGCUCAAGUGGUAUGGGCUCGAAUUUCGGCGGUGCAUUGAACCAAUGGUCAGACUAUCUGGUUGACCUGGAUCAGGACUGGAGCUUAUUUUAG